UUUCGCGCGUCUCGACCAGGAAAGCAGAAACUCCAUCACACGAGUCCGAGGUCCAAACAGAGUUGAGCAACAACACCUGCGAACGGCACGGCAUCCCUCCUCCUAGGAGCGAGCGAGAGUGUGACACGACACACUCCAGCGGGACUUUAGCUGUCGACAUGUGGGCUCGCUUGUCGGCCAUGGUCGGGCCUUCGGUGGUCGGGAGGAGAGCUUGCGGGCAAGCUCGGCUGCGGGCAGCGGGAUGCGCGCUCGGAGAACCGCAGCAGCGAGACGCUUCAUCAAGUGCAGAGGCCACUUUGAAGAAGACACCAUUGUUUGACUUCCACAGGGCACGUGGAGGAAAGAUGGUAGAGUUUGCAGGCUGGAGUAUGCCUGUGCAGUACAAAGACAGUCACAUCAGCUCUCACAUGCACACCAGAGAGCACUGCGCCAUCUUCGAUGUCAGCCACAUGCUGCAGACCAAAGUUCAUGGCAAAGAUAGAAUCAAGUUCAUGGAGUCUCUAGUGGUGGCAGAUAUUUCAGAACUCAAAGACAACCAGGGAACACUGUCGCUCUUUACCAAUGAGAAGGGAGGGAUCAUCGAUGACCUCAUUGUAACAAAAACAGAUCAGGGCUAUCUCUACGUAGUCUCCAACGCUGGUUGUGCCGACAAAGACUCUGCACAUAUGAAGGCCAGACUUGCUGAGCUCAAGGCCUCAGGAUCUGACGUUGAUCUGGAAUUCCUUGACGAAGCGCUGAUUGCACUGCAAGGACCAUCCAUGUCUCAAGUGCUGCAACAGGGCAUGAAGGAGGACCUCAGCAAACUGACCUUCAUGAAUUCUGCCCUGGCCACUGUCUUUGGCAUUCCUGACUGCAGAGUCACCCGAUGUGGAUACACUGGAGAGGACGGCGUAGAGAUCUCUGUUCCCAAGUCCAGAGUGGUAGAGCUGACUGAGAGGCUCCUGGCACACAACGAGGUCAAGCUAGCUGGAUUGGGCGCCAGGGACAGCCUGCGACUGGAGGCGGGCCUUUGUCUCUAUGGCAACGACAUAGACGAGAGUACCACGCCCGUGGAGGCCUCUCUCAUUUGGACAAUAGGAAAGCGACGUCGUCAGACAAAGGACUUCCCUGGUGCAGACAUCAUCGUUCCUCAGAUCAAGGAGAAGACCACCAGGAAGAGAGUCGGCCUGGUGUCGACCGGACCUCCUGUCAGACAGCACACACCCAUACUCAGUCCUGAUGGAAAAGUAAUAGGUGAGGUGACCAGUGGCUGCCCUUCCCCUUGCCUGAAGAAAAAUGUUGCCAUGGGUUACGUGGACGCUGCCUUCACAAAGAAUGGGACAGCGAUUCAGGUGGAGGUUAGGAAAAAAGCAGUCGCUGCCACCGUGAGCAAGAUGCCCUUCGUCCCGACCAACUACUAUUCUGUAUAGGAGCAACAUUCCUAAGUGCACUUCCCUUACAUGUGAACUCAAAUACAUUCUACGAUCGUUUUCCCAUAUCUUUUGACCAAUGAAAAGCAUGUACUGGUACCUCAAAAUUUUGUGAGUUUUCCUCUACAAAACAAACCUCUGUCCACCUAAAUUUUUUUGUUACUUUGUGUUACAAAAAAAGACAUACAGAACCAUUUGGAUUAAAAUUCAAUAGCACACAUUUGAAGUAGUACCCAACCUCUUUGUUAUGGUUAUUAAUAUAAUUAUUCCUUCACAAAUGUCACAUCUUGAAGAAUAAAGGAAUGAGGAUAAAAUGCAGGAUUUGCACCAUAAUUAAUCAAGUAAUGGUGACCUGUACCGUACUCUUUUUAAUGUGGAAAUCCUCACUAGUGGAAAAAUGCUUUACUUCAACAUUUUUCUUUCAGUAAGAAAUGCUUUAUCAAUGUUUGUACAAUGUGAGCCCCUUCAGUAGUAUAUGGAAAUAAAGUAGGUAAUAUGUUAUUAGUCUUGAAAAUUACCAAAGUUAGCUGAGGUACUGAUGUAAGAUGAAAUCUGGUCAGCAUAUGUUAAAGUUGGAUAAUCGGUUGCUCAAUUAGCAUCAUUUGUGGUGGAGGAGGUGGUAGUUCAUUUUAUUUUUUAAUCCAUUUGACCUGCUCUCUCCCUAACAUUUGCUAUCCUCUCUUUUUUCUUAAGGGCAAAACAGCCUAUUUGUAAGAAGUUUACAGUUGAUGAAUUGAACUGUGAGAAAUUAUUUUUUUUAAGUAUCAUUUUGUUACUAAUAUUUCUAUAGCAGUCAAAACACUGUCCUUUGAUGAUGUUGUCAAUGUUAAUAUCAUGAAAAAGUGUCCUUAUGCAUGUUUUGGGGUGGAUCAAAUGACCAUUAUUAAUUCUGUUCAUUUGUUAAAAUAUCAUUGAUAAACUUGAGAAAAAUGUUUUGUAAACACUACUGAAGCAUGAUUGUUUUAACAUUUUUCUUAAUUAUCUUGCUCUGGAGAUGUGAAUACUGACUUGAAAACAUAAACUAACAUUUUAGACAGCUUUUAAUGGGCAAAGACUUCUCUUCAUCAACCCUCUGAUGUACAAAUCAUGAAAUCCUUGGUCAAGAUGUUUUUCUGACGUGUUUGUUCUUAGGACAUGAAAAUAAUGUUUAGUUUCUUACUAUUUCAAAAAUAUUUUUUUCAUGAAGUUACAUGUCCAAUUCAGUGGAAUCCAUGCACCUGCACACUCAACAUAAAACUAAAUUUACUAUCAACAUAUGAAUUGGAGUUCUGUCGUGAAUAUAGAAACCCUUGAUCUCUUUUAUGUUUUGAUAAACAUUUCAACAUUUUUUGGGGGGGUGAAAUUUCAACACUUAACACUAUAGGCACAAUAUAUAGGCCUGAAUGGAACUAAUGAAACUCCCUACACCCAAGCACCAAUGUCUCUGUUGUUGUCUACCAGCCACUCAUCAUCACUGUUGUCACUACAGUCACCAUUACUGAAGCUGGAUGGAAUUUCCUAGGCUAUCUGUAAACUG